AUGUUCAAAGCCCUUCGGCGAUUGCAUGGGCAGAAUUUAGAAAGUCGUGGGCUCCAUGAUAUGACUGAAGCUUUUCAGUCUUUCGUAACCCAUGCGCGAUUUUUUAGUAUUGGAAAAUUGAGACGAACCUGGUCACAUUCUGCCGCAGAAUUUAUCAAGUAUCGCCGUCUCCUUCCAAUGCUUUUAGCCGAUGGUGAUCUUUUCGAUAACGGAGAAACCGACGAUUUUGAUGCAACCAUAGCGUUUCAAGCGAAUUCGCGAGAUGAGAGGAUGAUUGUCAUUACAAACAUUUCGCCAAAAGUCACGGAAUCUCAAUUAAAAUCUUUUUUUUCCAAUUUUGGAAAGAUUACGAGCUGUGUUCUGCCACGGGAAGAUAAGAAAACUUCAAUUUUUGGAACUUUACCAAAACAUUCGAAAAACUGCGGUUCCGCCACAAUUACUUUCAAAAAAGCAGAAUCUGCUCAGCGUGCACGAGAGGCUUCUCCCGAUGAACUGAAGCUCUAUGAUCAAGUGAUGACGGUAUCGGCGUACAUUUCGAAGAAGCGUGGAGGAAAGGGACUUGUUCUAAGCGAUGACAGACGGGAAGAAACUCCAUUGUCACGGGCAUCGUCAACACAAUCUGUUGCCUCGGGAUCGAUGACUUCUAGCACUUACGAUAAUUUUCCAUUGGACAAACUUCCUGCUGAAUGUCUUCAAAGAAUAUUCACCUAUCUCCCAAUAUCUGACACUAUUCGACUAGAGCGAGUUAAUAAAAAAUACAUGGAAAUAUCAAUUGGAUCUUGGAUUCUUGUACAAAAAAUUGUAAUGGCACGAGAAGGUUCUUUCAACAAGCAACGGCCAAUGAGAUCAAGUCAUUUAAAGGCAAUUUUGACAAGGGCAGGGCUGCAUUUAAGACGCUUAGACAUUUCUGGAAUCGUGCAAUUGUUCGAUGACAAAACUCUCAAUAUAAUCUCAAAUUGCUGCCCUAAUUUGCGAGAACUUGAUAUCAGCGGGGUUCAUGCUAGUGCUGAGGCUCUUGAAGAGCUUGGCGAGAGUCUGAACAAACUUGAAGAACUGUCGUAUCGUGGAAUGGAAAUGACUGGAGACAAACAAUUUUAUUUCUUGCUCAAAAACUGUGCUCAUCAACUGAAAUUUGUUGACUUCCGCAACGCCAAACGUCUUCACGGCCGUCCAUUCCGUCUUUUCGGCUCACAAUUGGAGCAACUUUAUCUCGAUGGAUGCAAUAAAAUUGAUCCAAUGGCUUUCGAGGAUUUGUGCACUUCUGCUGGAGGAUUGAAGGAGCUCAGACUCAAUGAAUGCUAUAAAUUAACAGAUGAGAAUAUCAGUAUGAUAGCAAGAAGACUCGAGGAUUUAAGUGUUCUUACCCUAUGUGGCGAUGGCUUCAAGGACUUAACGAAGAUUGGGCUGCUUCACAUUGGACAAAUGAGUAAUAUUACAGAACUAGCUCUUGACUAUAACACCCGAGUUGGAGAUAUUUUACUUAUGUCAAUUUCGAAAGGACUUCCUAAACUUCAAUCAUUAAGCAUUGCAAACUCUGGUGAUGAUACAUCGAUCACUGAAAACGGAAUUUCCAGCUUCAAAAAUCUGAGAGAACUGACUCAAUUGGAUGUGUCUUCGCUUGCCGCCGUUAGCUCAGAAGUAAUUGAACAAUUGAAAUCACUUAAACUCCUUGAAAUUAUUCAAAUGAGAAAUUGUACCUAUCUCGGCGAUGAGGGUCUCAUUGCGCUUGCUGAUUUGCCAAAUUUAAGACACGUCGAUUUGAGCGGAUCAAUAUUGAUUUCAAAUAUUUCCAUUCAGCAUUUCAUUAACGCGUAUCCAGCAAAACCCGGGCUUCAACCAAUCACAUUGGUGGUCGGAGGAACAGCUGCAGAUGCUUCAAAACUUUCUGUUCGCGGCAGUCGUGUAAUUGUCGAUUUUUCGGAUUAUUCAGCGAUUGUGUCUAUGCCGUCAAAUCCAUCACACGGAGCGACGUUCCAAAUAGGCUCGACAUCAGAUAAUGAAGACGGCAGGUCGUUUUACAUCGAUGCAGUUUGUGGUCAAGAAGAAUCUCCAAUAACGGAUGAUGGCAAAUUAACCGAAUGGGCUGAACAAGAAGCCAGAAGUUUGGGACUAAUUAAGGAUUAA